CUCUUUCCUCUUUCCGUUGUUCCACGCUCUCUGUUUCGGGUUUUCGCCUUUUUUUCACAUUCUCUAGAUUUUUUUUUAUCUAAUUAUAUAAAUACUUUUUCAAAUUUCCUUCCGUUUUUGGAGAUUUCUCUAACUCGAGCUUUCCUCAAAAGCUAGGGUUUUAACGUUUUGGGGAUUUUGUUAGUUCUCUGUGUUUUACCUACUCUUUAGGGUUUCUCCGGUGAUUAUCGUCGGAAGUCAGAAUAUCUCCGGCGAUAUGGCUUCUAGUAUACCGAUGAGUCCUCAAUUGGAGCAGAUCCAUGGCGAAAUCCGUGACCACUUCCGAGCCCUCGCGAAUGGUUUCCAGAGGUUGGAUAAGAUGAAGGAUUCAACUAGACAAAGCAAGCAACUUGAAGAACUCACUGAGAAGAUGAGAGACUGUAAAAGGUUGGUAAAGGACUUUGACCGUGAACUCAAAGAUGAGGAAGCUACAAUUCCUCCUGAAGUUAAUAAGCAAUUGAAUGAUGAGAAACAAUCUAUGAUUAAGGAACUCAAUUCUUAUGUUGCACUAAGGAAAACGUACAUGAGUACCCUUGGAAACAAGAAGAUUGAACUUUUUGACAUGGGAGCUGGUCCCAGCGCCGAACCUACAGCUGACGAAAAUGUUCAAGUGGCUUCAGCUAUGUCAAACCAGGAGCUUGUUGAUACUGGAAUGAAAAGAAUGGAUGAGACUGAUCAGGCCAUUGAACGCUCAAAACAGGUUGUAGAACAAACAAUGGAAGUUGGAACUCAAACUGCAGCUAAUUUAAAGGGACAGACGGAUCAAAUGGGACGCGUUGUUAACCACUUAGACACGAUUCAGUUCUCUAUCAAGAAGGCCUCCCAGCUUGUGAAAGAGAUAGGGAGACAGGUGGCUACGGAUAAAUGCAUAAUGAUGUUUCUGUUUCUCAUUGUAUGCGGUGUGAUAGCCAUUAUCGUGGUGAAGAUCGUACACCCGAAUAACAAGGACAUUAGGGACAUCCCAGGAUUAGCUCCUCCAGCGCAAUCGAGGAAGCUACUGUACUUGAGGAAUCCAGAGUACAUGCGAAGAUAG